CCUGAGCUCCGCGCCUGGGUCGCUGCUGCUUCCCGCUGGAGCCGCCGCGCCGCCGCUGGGAUCAUGGUGUUCUACUUCGCCAGCAGCAGCGUGAACUCAUCUGCUUACACUAUUUACAUGGGAAAGGAUAAAUAUGAAAAUGAAGAUCUGAUCAAGUAUGGCUGGCCUGAAGAUAUUUGGUUUCACGUGGACAAACUCUCUUCCGCUCAUGUAUACCUUCGAUUACAUAAGGGAGAGACUAUAGAAGACAUCCCAAAGGAAGUGCUGAUGGACUGUGCCCACCUUGUGAAAGCCAACAGCAUUCAAGGCUGCAAGAUGAACAACGUUAAUGUGGUAUAUACGCCGUGGUCUAACCUGAAGAAAACAGCUGACAUGGAUGUGGGGCAGAUAGGCUUUCACAGGCAAAAGGAUGUAAAAAUUGUGACAGUGGAGAAGAAAGUGAAUGAGAUUCUGAACCGAUUAGAAAAGACCAAAAUGGAGCGGUUCCCUGAUCUAGCAGCAGAGAAAGAAUGCAGAGAUCGAGAAGAGAGGAAUGAGAAAAAAGCCCAAAUUCAGGAAAUGAAAAGGAAAGAAAAAGAGGAAAUGAAGAAGAAGAGGGAAAUGGAUGAACUUAGGAGCUACUCAUCACUAAUGAAAGUUGAAAAUAUGUCUUCAAAUCAGGAUGGCAAUGAUUCAGAUGAAUUCAUGUGAGAGAAGAAAAGGAACUUUGAAAGAUGUGAACGUAGAGACGGUUGCAGACCUUUUGAUUUCAUCUAUGUUCUGAAUUACACAAACCAACCAAAAUUCUACCAUCGUCCUGCACAGAUAUUAUUAAUUUUGGAGUUUUAAAAAAACUUUCUUUUUUUGUUGACAAAAAACGAUCAUCUAUAUAUAAAAUAGUUGAACUUGACAGCAUAUAACUUAAGGAAAGCUAAAGUAUUUUUGCCAGAACAUAUCUGGGUACUUUGUGAAAGCUGGCUGCCCUGUUCUUGAGACAGACUUCAGAACGAACUCUCUGUUUUUCUGUUGCUGCAAAGCAGAUGUCUUGAAACGCUUCUCAUAUUCUUAAAAUAUCUUCACUUCUGUUAAGAAUGUG